CUGUCUGAGCGGCAGCUGGAGGGACCGAGUCCCGGUGUGUGUCGCGGUGUGUGUCGCGGUGUGUGUCGCGGUGUGUGUCGCGGUGUGUGUGGAGGUCAAAGGUGAAGCUGCAGGUCUGAGCAGGUGACCAGAGGACGUUUUAUUCCUGUGAAGAUGCUCGGCGUCCCUCAGGGUGUGCGGGUUCAGGUGAGCCCUGGGCUCCAGGCUGAGUGUUAGCCAUGCUGCGGCAGAGCGAGCCGACCUCCAGUACUCUGCACCUGGUAGCCAGCGACAUGACCUCCAUCAUGGAGCAGCUGGACGCUAAAGAUCUCGACGUUGGCGACGGCGAGUUCCCCGCAAAGGAAGCCGGGGACCAGUUGCCCUUCACCGCGAUUUAUAAUUUGGUGGGUUUCAAGGAGUCCGACGCCAUGGUCUUCCUGUCGUCUCCCAUCACCGCCAAAAUCCUGGAAGUGGAGCGAUACACGUCGAAUCAGGACCGCUUCAACAACACCGUCCAGAGGAGCGUCAACAAGUCGACGCCGGCCAUGUACCGGAUCGAGCUGAAACACGGCGAGUUCACCUGGGAGGUGAAGAAGAAGGAGAAACACUUUGUGGAGCUUCACAGGGACCUGAGGGCCUACAAGGCGCUGCGGCGCCUCCACCUGCCGUCACGGGGGAACUCGAUCAGGAGAAGAACGACGAUGAAGAUGGAGAAGGCUCAGAUCCCCGUCCUCCCCAGAGAAGAAGUGAAGAACCAAAGUGGAAGCAUUUCCAGCCGCAAGAAACAACUUGAGGAUUACUUGAACAACCUGCUGCAGAUGCCGAUGUACAGGAGCUGCCACGCCACGAUGGAGUUUAUAGACGUCAGCCAACUUUCCUUCAUUCAUGAUUUGGGUCCCAAAGGAUUGGAGGGAAUGGUGCUGAAGCGUUCUGGGGGCCAUCGAUUCCCCGGACUGAACUGCUGCGGGCGCAGCAGGAUCUGCUACCGCUGGUCCAAACGCUGGCUGGUGGUGAAAGACUCUUUCCUGAUGUACAUGAAGCCAGACUCCGGUGCCAUCUCCUUCGUGAUGCUGUUCGACAAAGAGUUCAGCGUCAAGUUGGACUCCAAAGAGACAGAAACCAAACAUGGCCUCCGCAUCGACAGCCUGUCCAGGUCGUUGGUGCUGAAGUGCUCCAGCUACAGACACGCCCGCUGGUGGGGCCAGGCCAUCGAAACCUUCUCCCAGAAGUACGGCGCCGCCUUCCUCAAGGACCACCGCUUCGGAUCCUUCGCCAGACAGGAGGAGAACAUCCCUGCCAAAUGGUAUGUGAACGGAAAAACCUACAUGGAGGACGUGGCGAACGCUCUGGAGGAGGCCAAGGAGGAGAUCUUCAUCACGGACUGGUGGUUGAGUCCAGAGAUCUUCCUCAAGCGGCCCGUCGUCGAGGGAAACCGAUGGCGUCUCGACUGCAUCCUGAAGCGCAAAGCGCAACAAGGCGUUCGGAUCUUCGUGAUGCUCUACAAGGAGGUGGAGCUGGCUCUGGGCAUCAACUCCGGAUACAGCAAGCGGACGCUGCUGCGCCUCCACCCCAACAUCAAGGUGAUGCGGCAUCCCGACCACGUCUCCUCCGCCGUCUACCUGUGGGCGCAUCACGAGAAGAUCGUGGUGAUCGACCAGUCGGUGGCGUUCGUGGGCGGCAUCGACCUGGCGUACGGCCGCUGGGACGACCGGGAGCAUCGGCUCACCGACAUCGGCAGCGUGACGCUCUCACACCUGGAGCAGGUUGCAGCAGCGCCCUCCAGCUCAGCAGCGCCCUCCGGUGGCGGCGGCCAGAACAGAGUUUUCUCGGUGAUGGACUCUGGAGAUCAGCCCAAGCUGAAGAGUCACGGGAGGAUGAGGAGGACGAGGAUGAGCAUCAAGAAGCACCUGCAGAAACACGGGCUGGCGCGCCCCGACAGCGACAGCGACCUGGAGGAGGAGGAGGAGAGGAGCCGCUCGGUGCGAAGUCUCCAUACGGGCGUCGGGGAUCUGUUCGGAGACACCAGGUUCUGGCACGGGAAGGAUUACUGCAACUUUGUGCACAAGGACUGGAUUCAGCUGGACAAACCUUUCGAUGAUUUCAUAGACAGACAUAAAACUCCCAGAAUGCCUUGGCACGACAUCGCGUCAGUCGUCCACGGGAAGGCGGCGCGAGACGUGGCUCGACAUUUCAUCCAGCGGUGGAACUUCACCAAGCUGGUGAAGCCAAAGUAUCGCUCUCUGUCGUUUCCUUACCUGCUGCCCAAGUCUCACCUCACAGCCGGAGAGCUUCGAUACCAAGUCCCCAACUGCACCACCGCUAAAGUUCAGGUCCUUCGCUCGGCCUCCGACUGGUCAGCUGGCAUCAAAUACCACGAGGACUCCAUCCACAGCGCUUACGUCCACGCCAUCGAGAACAGCCAGCACUUCGUUUACAUCGAGAAUCAGUUCUUCAUCAGCUGCGCAGACAACAAGCUGGUUUACAACAAGAUCGGCGACGCAAUAGCACAGCGCAUCUUGAAGGCUUACAGGGAGGGAACGAAGUACCGCGUCUACGUGGUGACGCCUCUGCUGCCGGGCUUCGAGGGCGACAUCAACACGGGGGGCGGCAGCGCCAUCCAGGCGGUGAUGCACUUCAACUACAGGACCAUGAACAAAGGAGAGCACUCCAUCAUUUCCCAGCUGAGAGCCGAGAUGGGGGAUCAGUGGAUGAACUUCAUCUCGUUCACCGGCCUGCGGACGCACGCCGACCUGGAGGGGACUCUGGUCACCGAGCUCAUCUACGUCCACAGCAAGAUGCUGAUCGCCGACGACAACACCGUCAUCAUCGGUUCCGCCAACAUCAACGACCGCAGCAUGCUGGGGAAGCGGGACAGCGAGGUGGCCGUCAUCGUGGAGGACUCGGAGACGGUGGACGCCGUCAUGGACGGGCGGCCGUACCGGGCCGGGAAGUUCGCCCUGCAUCUGCGCCUUGAGUGCUUCAGGAUGAUCCUCGGCGCCAACACCGAUCCGUCCAUCAACGUUUCUGAUCCCAUCAGCGAACAUUUCUACAAGGAGACCUGGAUGGCCACCUGCGCCCGCAAUGCCUCCAUCUACCAGAAGGUUUUCCGCUGCCUGCCGUCCAGCGACGUGCGGAACAUCUCGGAGCUGGAGGGCUUCCUGGCCAAACCGGGUCUGGCCCGAGACGACCCGGCCCGCGCCCAGGAGGAGCUGAAGAAGAUCCGCGGCUUCCUGGUCCAGUUCCCGCUCCAGUUCAUGAUCGAACAGAACCUGCUGCCGCCCAUCGGCUGCAAGGAGGCCAUGGUCCCCAUGGAGGUCUGGACCUGACCGCCAUGUUGGACCGGGAGCCGUUGCUUCUGCUCAGGACGAAUUUCUGUGGUUCUGGUUCAGUCCGAUGACGGCAGGGCGACCCGCCUGAGGUCCAGUCUGACGGAAGCAGCUUCUGUGCCAAAGACAGAAUCAACCUGUAAGCCUGGACCCGGAGCGAAGCAGCACACACUACAGCAUCCAAAACCUGCUGCUGCUCUGGAAAAUGAAACUCCAGGAAGGACCAGGAACCGGCCCGAUUCGUCCAUCUACCAAAAACUCUCAAACCUCCUCAGCCUGUCGCAGGUUUCACAUCUAUCGGUUUCCUCUGAUCAUUGGAUCUGAUUGGGUUGAAACUCAACCGUUUCGCUCCACGGUGCCUGAAAACCCACUUCCUGGUUGGAUACUGACUGUGCAGCUCUGCUCCUGAGAACACUAUGCAACAUCCAGGGCUGGGAAACGCAGCUCAACACUAACGGAUAAAAACGGCAGAAAUUUGAUCGUAAUUCUGUUAAAGUGCCAAAACCCCUGGAAGCCCCACUUCCUGGUUCCUCUGUUUACUGUGACGUCAUUCUUCUGGGCAGAAAUCGUUUUACAAACUUUAUCUCAAAUUAAGUCACUUUAUAGCUUUUCGUCUCUAACAUUUUGCCUCUUGGACUAACAAACUGUUGCGCUGCAUAAAGAGUCCCGGAAGUGAAACUGAUGGAUUAAAUGGUUAUAGUGGUUUGUACAGUCACUCUUUGGCCGCUAGAGGGCAGCAGAAUGACCUAAAAUCACUAAAAAUCUGAAAUAUUAACAUUUAAUGUGAUUCUGUUGAAGAUUUUAUUUAUUCAUUUUGUAUUAUUUUUGGAGGUAUUUGGGUGUCAAUGAAUUUUUUUAAUUUUUUUUAUUUGGACAAAUUGUAAAACUUUCUACUGCAUCAUUUCCCUCCACAGGUUUGAAUCUGGAAACUAAUAUUUAACACAAUAAAGCUGUAACGGGUAAAAAUUGCCUAAAUCUGAAAAUUUUAAAUAAAAAAAUAAAAUACAAAAAAAUUUCUGAAAGAAAAAAAA